CACUCCCCCCCAGCCUACCACCCACAAUGGUUGCUAUCGCUCGCUCUUUCGGCGCCGCCCGCCUGGCCGCCCGCUCGGCUCAGGCCGCCCCCAAGCAGGCUUCUCGGUUCGUGUCAACACAGGCCGCUGUCCGCUACCAGGCGCCCAAGAACAGCCUCGUCAUGAACAACACGAUGCGCAAUGCUUUCAAGAACAACGUUGCCCGCAACGUCAUCCAGUCCCGCGGCAUUGUUGCUGAGUCGACCGCCGCCGCCAUGGUUGCCGCCGCUAAGAUCCAGGGCGCUGGCAUGGCUACGAUCGGUCUCGCUGGAGCAGGUGUCGGUAUCGGAACCGUUUUUGGCGCGCUCAUCCAGGGUGUCGCCCGCAACCCGUCACUCAGGGGCCAGCUCUUCCAGUACGCCGUCUUGGGUUUCGCUUUCGCUGAAGCUACUGGUCUUUUCGCUCUCAUGAUGUCUUUCCUCCUCCUCUACGUUGCGUAGAGCGGUGCAUUCAGUGGCAUUGGCACGGCACGGCAGUCGGCUCGGGCACUACUCUGCUAUCUUCCGGGUGGAAAAUGUUGGCGGAUGGGUGUGUGCAUACAAGACAACUCUUUUCCUAUCUUAGUGGCCGGUCGGAUUGUGUAAAACAUGUACUUUAGAAGAGCAAUCUGACGAGCAAGUUCCCACUUCA